CCUGUCUCACACCCGGUGGCUGAUGCAGCAGUGCGGCCGGACACGGCCGAGACGUGCAGGUGGGCAGACCCGGAGAACGUGACACGCAUCACAAUGGCCCCUUCUAGAACCGGCUCGUCGCCGUGCGGCUCUUGGAGACGCACACAGCAGGUCAACUGCUCCCGACCCGACACUGGUUGUUGUCAGGUCACACCCGUGUCCUUGCGAUCACCCUGACCGCAAGGCUACAGAAAACUGGAGAGCUUCUUAUCCCAGGAUACAACCAUGGGAUCCUUUGGAGACACAGGAAGGGCAGAGCAGGAGGAGGGCUAUGGGUGCAGCUGCAUCCCUCUGCCUUCUUUCCUCCAGCGCCUCCGCACCCGAGAGCCGAGGCCCCGAGCAGGCAGCCAGGAAGGGCAGGAGCAGCUAUUUGACAGCGGAGACUGGAGGACCUUGCAGGCUCAAUGGAGGCAGCAGCUGCAGCUGCAGGUCAUGCAGAAAAAUGUAGAUGCUCUUCUGGAGGAUUUUGGGAACAUACAUACAUUUUUCGCAACAUACAGGACCUUUGCCUCUCCUGGUGAGGUCCUAGAAAUGCUCCUCAGCAGGCAUGGAAAGCUGGAGACCUUGAGCUGCAGAGGAGAUGAAAGUCCAGAUUUCUCAGCGGACUCCAGGGCAGUCCUCAGGAAUCCAAUCAUCUUCUUCUUGAAAACUUGGCUGCACUUCAGCCCUGAAGAUUUCAAAGAGCCGCCGAAGUACCACACACUGCAGAAAGUAAUAGCACACCUGAACAAGAACGUCCCUGGCUGUGACAUGGAAAUGGAGGCCAAACACCUCCUCCACCAGUUUCAAAACGAAGCAGAAAAUGAGAGCCAGCCUGGGGACCAUCCUGCGGACCAGCCAGGAGACCAGCCCAAGGGCCAGCCCGGGGAACUGCCUGAGGUCCAGCCCGGGAAGCAGCCCAAAGGCCAGCCCGGGGAGCAGCCGGAGGACCAACCUGGGGACCAUCCCAAGGGCCAGCCAGGGGCCCUGCCCGAGGACCAGCCCAGGGACCUGCCCGAGGUCCAGCCUGGGGAGCAGCCUGAGGGCCAGGCGGAGGACCAACCUGGGGACCAGCCCGAGGGCCAGCCCAGGGACCAGCCCGAGGCCCAUCUGGCGGACCGACCUUGGUACCUGCCUGAAGUCCAACCCAAGGGCCAGCCUGGAGAGCAGCCCGAGGGCCAGCCUGGGGACCUGCCCGAGGUCCAGCCCAGGGUGCAGCCCGAGGGCCAGCCCGGGGAGCAGCAGGAGGAACAACCUGGGGACCAGCCCAAGGGCCAGCUAGGGGACCUGCACGAGGUCCAGCCCGGGGUGCAGCCCGAGGGCCAGCCGGAGGACCAACCUGGGGACCAGCCUGAGGGCCAGCCCAGGGACCAGCCUGAGGACCAUUUGGGGGACCGACCUUGGGAUCUGCCCGAGAGCCAACCUGGGGACCUGCCCAGAGUCCAGCCCAAGGGCCAGCCCAGGGACCUGCCCGGGGACCAGCCCAGGAACCUGCCUCAGGAAAAGAACGAAGACGCCUACAUCAUUCACUGCUCAGUGCCGAACAGUCAAGGUGCUGUGUACAAAGGCAUUCUGGUAAGUGAUGUGGAAGAGCUGUGUAGAUUUAUUACAGGAUGUGUUUUCACUCGGGAUGACAAGUUACAUGUAAAUUCUCUGCUGCUCUGAUUCACACCAAGACAAAGCUUUGAAAUAUUAGGGGCCACCUCAUGCCCUUGAUUCUUAGGUGAAUUGACAUUGUUAUUUUAGUAGUCAAAGUACAUUCCACCUCCCAAACUUUUCUCUGGGCUUUCAGCUGGAUAAUAUCCACCACUUGUCCUCAGUCAUUGACUAAGGUACCAAGAAACCAUGCACGCCAUUUGUAUGAAUGGGCGUGUGUGCACAGGUAGGCAGACAGAUACACUGAAGAGCAGCUUGGUGGCAAGUCACCGAAAGAUGCUGUAUAGCACUAGAAAAUUAGGAUCCCAAAGGGCAUAUACUUCUAAAUAUCAUAGUGU